GCAAAGCGGAAUAUAACGAGCCCUAGUGUUCGAAUGUGGAGUUGGCCCUUAGCCAGCACCAAACAAUGUCGGGCACCAAGAAAACUGUGACGAAGGCUUCUACUGGUAAAACCAGAAAAUCUGGUUCUCUUUUGAGCUCCGGAGCUGCUCUCAAAAUAAAAGCAAAUGCAGAGAAGAAGAAACACAACGACGCCGUCUUAAACCCUGGGGAGAAUAAUGCUUCUCUAAAUGAAGAGGAGUUCUUAAAAGGUUUUGAGUCCACCGAGGAAGACGAAACAGAAGGAAAGACAGGCUCUGUGGCAAAGAAACCCAUAUUAUCUAUCGGUCAAGAAAAGGAGGACGUCAGUGAGAAGCCGUCUGAACACGAUACUAGCUCGCAUAAUAAGCAUCAUGAUAUGUGUUAUGUGUACCUAGGGCGUAUUCCUGACAGUCUCGGAGAGAAACAAAUUAGAGGAUACUUCAGUCAAUUUGGCAGAGUUCUUCGCGUCCGUCUGGCGGUCAACAAAAAGACUGGUCACUCCAGACAUUACGCGUUCAUUAAAUUUGAAAAUGCAGAGGUUGCUCGUAUUGCGGCUGAAGCUACGCACAACUACUUGUUGGAUGGUAAACUGUUGCAGUGCAGAGUCUCUACUUCUAACGCCGAUAUGAUUUCUGAUGAAGCUGCCCCCUUCAAGUACAUUCCCUGGGCUUCUAUCGCAAAGUUUCGGUGUGAAAAGCCUAAGAGCGAGAAACAAAUUAACCGUCUUAUUACUAAAAGGGCUAAAAGACUUGAGCUUAAAAAACGUAAGCUGGAAGAGCUUGGGAUUGUUCUCGCUGAGGGAAAAGUUGAAAAGCCAGAGAAAACAGCAGCAGCAACUUCUGGAGCAAAGAAACAAAGAAAGAGGGCGAAGAAGCCUGUUAAGAAAUAAAUCGUUAAAUAUUGCUUUUACUUUGGGUAGUCUUGUUUUAAUAAGGAAUCGUCAUUUUUUGGUGCAUAACUGAAGGUGUAAGUCAACUAUCUCAAAGUUACGCGACGAAAAA